AAUGGCGACCUGUAGACCAAUCUCAUGCGAGGAGCAGUGAUUGAUUUGCAGCUUUUUAUUAGUUAUGACGGUCCAACAGAAGCGAGUCGCGUCCCUCAUUUUAAGAGAACAUUAUGGAGAAAUUGUAGAGAAGGUCGGGACGUUUUGUAUCGCUAAAGGACUUCGUCCUUUGAAGGAUAUAACUCGAGGAACCAAACUACCUCAAGGCCAAGUGCAGAAGGCGUUGUGCUGCCUCAUUCAACAUCAUUUUGUCACAUUUGAAGUCAAUAAGAGAAACGUUACGUUGUACAAUGCGUGGAUUUCUAAUAUCCUUCUUCGUCUCCGUGCUCCGCGGUACAUUUAUUGUGUGAAAUCUCUUUUUGGGUACACUGGCGAGUUGAUAAUAGAUGAAAUUUUUCAGCAUGGGUCUUCUAUCAUGAGCACAGUUGUGGACAAAGUUGCGAGGCAUUUACAAGAGGAUAACAUUGAUUCAGAUGAGGAUGAGAUUCGAGUUUGUUUUGCUGAUCUCGUGAAGAACCAUUUUCUUCAAAGAUUGAGGCCAAUGAAAAGUGAAGAACAAACCAUGGGCAACAAUAGUUAUAAUGAGGAUGACCUCUAUGCUCUGCCACCUGGAAUGAACUUGCAAGGUGUUGUAAUGAAGUGUUUUUUAUUUAUCAUAAUAGAUCUUGUAAAGGCCUUAUUUUGAAAUAAUGCAUCUCUUAUGCCAGUCACUUACAUUUCAUGAACAAUCCCCUCUGAGGAUUUUUCGCGGCACUCAACUCUGAGACUGAUACCUCACUCUAACCCAUAAAGUACAACUGUGGCGUAGUGACUGCUUUAUGAGAAGUCAACUCUGUUUCUCCCUACCCAUUCCUCCCCACGCAUUCCUCACUCAUUACUCUUAUAAGGUAGAAGUUGUUAUCUUGAUCUAACACCAUACUCUUGUAACUAGUUUACAAGGAAAUGUGUAGCCACUAGGGGGGAAAUUAACCAUCAGGCUCCAGUUGUUCAAAGGGUAUCUAAUGCUAUUCACUGGAUAAAUCUCUAUCUGUUGGAUAGCGCAGUACAUCUUGUUAACACUAAUCUGCUGGAUAGCAAUUUAUCCAGUGGAUAAUGUUAUCCACCCUUGGCCUGGAUCUUGGGAGUUGAAGGGCUUAGAGAAUGCUAUUUAAGGAUCAUUCAAGAACACAAGAGAGGUGCAUAGAAAAGUAUCUUGCAUCUGCUUUACAGCAGAUGCAUGGCGUUGAUGUAGUAUAUCACUAUGUGCAGGUCAUGGUUCAAAACGGAAGAGAAGUACUGGUGAUGAGGGUCAAACAGCAAAGAGGCAAAAAACAGGAGCAAGGUAUGUACUAAUAUUUCAUAACUGUGGUAAUCAACACUUUUUCAAUUCUGAUGAAUGGUUCUCUAUGAUAGAUGUUAGUUACAUUUUAUUUAAAGACAUUAGCAAGCAUGAUUUGUGUCUUGUUUCAUUUUAGCUACACUGCUGGUGGCAGAAGCUCUGUAAGUAAAAUAUAACUGAAGUAUCAAAAAUUCUUCUCAGUAAUUUAUGAAUUCCUCUGCAAGAUUCUUUUCAACUUGACAUUGCAUAUCUUCUGUCUAAAUUGGUCUCUUGCCUGCAAAAAGUCAGAAAUAUCAGGUUUACUAUCAAGAAGAACUUUGACAACCAAGUUACCAUGUAGUGAUGAUGAUGAUGAUAAUAAUAAUAAUAAUUACAAGAAUUUAUAUAGCACCCUUUCCGUGAGCUCAAAGGUGCUUUACAAUAAUUGUAAUUCUAAAAAAUAAACAAAAACAUUUGAGUUAUUAAAGAAAAUAUAUAGCAGUUAUAGAAGUUAAUUUUCAAAAAAAUAAGAUACAAUCGACUUGCUAAGAUGCUAAGAUUAACUAAGGAAAAUAUAUACAAUAACAAGAAAAAAAAAGGUUAGUCAACUAACUUAUAAAAACCUCUCUAAAAAGUAGUGUUUUAAUCUUAUUCUUAAAAACAUCAAGGUUCUGGAUUGAUCUUAUGUCAUCAGUUAAGGAGUUCCAGAGCUUGGGCACAGUAACUUGAAAAGAUCUGUCGCUGUAAAACUUGAGAUUAGACCUUGGUGUUACAAGGAGUUUUUUUGAAGAAGAUUGUAAUUGCCUUGUCAGAGUAUAGGGCUGAAUGAGAUCUGCUAUAAAAUAUAUAUAAUGGUGGUAACAUGAUAAGAAUAUUGAUAAUAAUAUUAAUAAUAAUAGUAAUAAUAACAAUAAUAAUAAUAAUGGUAAUAGACUACACAUAGUGCACAUCAUCUCAAAGUUCUAAGGUACACCAGGGUUUCAUCAUCCAUAUUUAGACAAUCACUACAUUUGUAUUUUUGUCACUGCUAUUCAGGAAUUAAGCGAUGAUGGAAUUUUAUGGCAAGUGAACUUUGCAAGGUUUCAUCAGCAUUUCAUUGAUGAGGUACAAUAUUUAGACACUACUCCAGGUAGUUUUCACUUUAACGAAAUCUUCGUACAGCUAAUAAUCGUUGGAAAUUUCAUGAAGCUUUCUUCUGGGCAACUCUACUUUUAGACUAGCUAAGGAUUUCAUUUUUUUUGUGGUAAGUUGUUUACAGGCUGUAUGAGCAGAGUUAGUUGGCUUGUCCAAGAAAUCAACAUAAACAACUAUUAAAGCCAUGUCAUCCUAGUCAUGGAUACUGUGAGAGAAUUACUGAUAAAUAUGUUACAUUAGCACUCUCAAUAUAGAUGUAUUUUGUCCACCUUCAUUUCUCCUCAAGACUUACUAAUGAAUUUUAAACAUUAUUUCCUAGAAUAUUGUCACUGUUGUAACCAAGAAAGUUGAUAAGGUAAGUAGGACACUUAGUCAGGAAAUUUACCAUCAAAUUUUUUGGCUACUGAUAUGUUUAUAUACUUACAUUCUCCUAAACCAGGAAAUGAAAUUCUUACAGAAUGCUUGUUUAUGCUAUCUGUAAUUAACAAAUUGACCAAAAAUGAUUGAUAAUUAAUUAUCAUUUGUCUUUUGUUUGUUUGUAAGCUCAGUGAAAAUCUUUCCUAAAACUCUUGAACGUAAUUAGAUUGGUAUUAGGUCACAUCAUCUCAGAUCAUCCUAGGUUAUUUUAUUUCUGAACUUAUUGUAACUUAUCCAAAGUUGAUCAAAUGCUUUUAUUUUGUGUUGCUCAGUUUGCAGGGGAGAUUGUCAAGACAAUGUUGAAAUUGACUGAGCUGGCAAGAGAUCCCUUAUCACCGACAUCACAAACAGUAUCACUUCAUGAGGUAAGAAGCUGCUGACUGAAUUUUUUCUUCAUUAAAUUGAUAAAUACAGCACUGUGUUCUCUGAAUAAUAUCAAUCAACAGAUCUCACAGAAUUUGUCUGUAACUCCCAAGAUGGAGAAGGCACAGAUUGUUCAGUACCUUUCACUGUUGACAGAUGAGAAGGUAAGGUUAUUGUCCAAGAUUUGCCAGUUGAGUUCUUUUGCAGUGCUCUUGUCAUAAAUUUUGGUAAUUUAUCAUUUUCUAGGAUAAUUUGGUUUCCAAAACAGGAGAGAGUGGAGGAGGAAUGUAUUGUAUAAGUAUCUUUUUAUGGCCAAAUGAAAUCAUAGCUAAGAAAAUAGAUUGUUGAUUUUGAUGAUAUUUUUAUACUCCUUACUGGAAAAUGUGGCUAAGGCUUUCGUUCCUGUAUUUAUGAUCCAUGUUCAAUUAUCUUGCUGGGUGUAUUUUGGUAGAAUUUGCAUUCCCUUUGCAAGAAUAGUUUCCCUUGACAGUUUUUUAGAUCUGCAAAAGUGUGUGGAUACCUUGUGCCAAAAUGUGAUUGAAUCCAUUGUUCAAGAGAGGUAAAUAAAAGUUGUUCCAUUGGAAUUUAGUCAGCUUACCCACGCUAGAAUCUUAAAAGGCAUUACUCCUUUGACCCUAAAAGUGACUAGCAUCUAAUUUCUCCUCACAAUAUCAUCCCUGAAUCAAACAUUAAGGUCACGAGAGUAAAGGAAAUGAUCACCAACUAAAGAAGCUUUUGAUUGUUAAACAAAUUCUCCUUGUCAGCACCUUAGUUAAUGUACAGAGAACAGUAUGGAGAAUAUGCAUACUGAUGUUAGGGUGUUAGGGGUUACUGCAACUGUUAUUUUAAAUUAUUAUCAUAAGCAAUUUCAUUACUGUCAUGAAAGAAUAGGCAAUUGUCUACUGGGAUGUAUGCAGUGUUGUGUGUCUUUUUUUUCCUUAUUUGAGGUUAGUGUUUUCUAUUACAUUGAAAUUCAGGUUUGGUUCAAGAUGCUUUAGAAUCUUCAGAUUGCUACUUCUUAAGAAACACAUGGAACAGAAACAGGUGGAAUGAUUUGUUAUCUUGCUUCCCUUUACCAUUAUUGUGAAUUGUAUGUUGUGAACUUAAUAUCUUAUAAGUUCAAAAUAACCUUGAUGUAGUAAGACAGACAUGUUUUGUUAACUAACUGUUGAAGACCAACUAACUGACCUACCAGGCAUUAAGGGUCAAUUCCAAACCAAACAGUGAGUAUGGCGUCAAAAUAUACAAAAAUGUCACACAUAUAUUGAAAAGGUUUCUCUGAAGCAACCAGAUCUUUAACCCUACCACUAACAAUUUUUUUGUAAAUGAUUAUGAUUUCAAAUCAUUUCAAUUUGCAGAUUGGUGAGUUGGCCAUGAUUCCAUCUAAAGAUGUCAAGGAGCUGCUCUACAAACUUUUCGCAGAGAGGUUUAUUGCACUACAGGUAAAAAAAAAACUGUUCGUUAAUCAUCUUUAAAAAGCAAUCAGACUUGUUUUCAUAACAUUAUGCUUUUCUCUGUUAACAGGAAAUCCCUCGAGCUUCUGAUUAUGCCCCGUCAAGAACAGUUUACUUGUUUUCUGUGAAUCUUCCACAGCUUAGUAGAAUGCUGCUUGAAAAAUCCUAUCAGGUGACCAAUCAGAUUACUUUUAACCACCAACUGACAUUGAUUAUAGCAACUUGUAAUGUCAGAACAUUUCAACACUUGAGCAGUGAGAAAAACCUAUCACAAGGGUUGAAGAAAAUGAAACUCUUGCCACUCACACAACAUGUAUUUGCACAGAAACAUUCACAAAAAAUUAAAACAGUUCUUAACCCUUAAACUCUCAGAAGUGAUUAACAGGCAACUUCUUGCAACAAUUUCCAUAUAAUUUCUUUCAAGUAGGUAAUGAGAAUACUCAAAGUUAUCAGGUAGAAACAUUUUUCUCAAUCUAACACCAAAUUCUCAUAAUUUAUCCACAAGAAAAUGUGUAGCAAUUAGAAAAAAGAAUUAAUCCUUUAACCCUUAACUCCCAGAAGUGAUUAACAUGAAACUUCUCCCUAUAAUAUCUUUACAUUAUCUAGCAAACAGGUAGUGAGAAUAUUCAAACUUAUCAGGUAGAUGUUGCUAUCUUGAUCUAACACCAAAUUCUCAUAACUAAUUUACAAUGAAAUGUGUAGCAGCUAGAGGGGAGAAUUAACAAUCAGAUCUUGGGAGUUUAAGGGGUGAAAGUAUUAAUUGGGUUCACCCCAGUGUGAGUUGUAUGUUACUGAGACCAAAUUCUAUUGAAAAGAAGGAUUUAAGUCCAUCACUUGCUCUUAGUCUUUUUUAAAAUGGUUGGUAUUCAAUACAUUAUUUGAUAAGGCUUUGUGAUAUAGUUAACACACAUGGUUCUUUUUUCCAGGCACUUGGGAACCUGAUGAGCAGAAGGGAGACUGAAAUACAGGAGCACAGGUAUGGAACAUCGCUUCUAAUUGAUUCUGUUGUAUUGUUUCAACAAGUAUAAAAACCUAUGAAAUAACACUGGUUCCUCCCCAGGCAUCCACAUAUGCAUGCCACAAUUAUUGUAGGAGGCAGGGGUGAUAGGCAGUUCCAGAUGCUCAGUUCAUAAAACAGGGGGAAAUAGUAAAGGUGUGCAAGUAGUGUUGGAGUGAAAAAGGAAGGAAGGAUUGGUUUGGGCAGGUUCUUUACCCAUCAGGGGUGGUAUAACCUCUUUUGCUAAUGAGAACAACCUGCUACUGUUAACCCUUUAACUCCCAGAUCAAAUUUCUUACUCUCCUUACUGUCAAUGAUACAAUUCUUAUAAUGUUAGGUCAAAGAAUGUGGUAUAGGAUCGACUAAUUAACCCUGAAAUUGCUAUUUUCUUUAUCCUCAUCACUUAUCUGGUUGAUAUUGUAUUUAAAUUGUAUGGAGGAAUUCUGUCUUGGUCACUCAUGGGAGUUAAAGAGUUAAACAUAGAAAUGCUAUUUUCUGAUCAUUGGUAAUACAGAACCCAGGUUUUUUUCCCACCAAGUCCUGCAUUGACCUUGCUCAUUUUUCCUUAGACGUUUAAUUGAAAAGAAAGAGAGAGUGGAGGCAACCAUAAACACACUGAAGGCUCAACAUGGUGAGGAGACAUCAGAAGAGGCUAUAGCUGAGCUGCGAGAGCUUAUUAUUCCAGCAGAACAAGAGCAGCUAAAGAAACUUAAGCUUUCUCUUGCCAAGUAAGUAACGUCAAAGUCAGUCACAGCAAGGGUUUUUCUACUGUUCAUUUUCACCAUGCUCGAGAUCACUUCAACAAAUGGCAUGUGUUCAAGAUCAAUGUAAUAAUUUGUGGCUCAGUGUUGUUUCUGUUCUUACAUUUGUUAACAGUAAACUUGUUGUUAAUUUAUGAAAUUAUGUACUUGCAUGCAUUCAACUUGGAUCUAUGAGGAAACAAACCCAGUGCAAUUUGACCAGGAGACCUCUGUAUGUCAAUUCCAGUGACUCAGCCCAUUUUACCACCUUUUUCAACCAUUCAGAGCAGGAAAUAUAUGUCAUUUUCAGAUAUAUUAAAUAUUCCAUAAACAUUUGCAAAGAGAAGAACAAAGUUAAUUUCAAAUUUCUUCAAUGUUGAAUGAAGCCACUAAAUUUGUGCCUGACUUUGUCUAUAGGUUGGAUCAGAGUGAGCUGCAAGUAGAUGAGACCAUUUUUAUUCUAUCCCAGUACAUUUCUUCGCAUUAG